AUGUUCUACAUAUUUGUGAUUAACUCAUCGCCUGUGAAUCUGUGCGUGUUCCAUGUUUUGGCUGCCAUUAUAAUUUUAUGUGAAAAUCGCAUUUAUCCUCGUUAUGUUUACGAUUCUACUCAUUGGCGUGGAGCUCGUCAUUUUCCGGAUCCACUCCGUAUUUUAUAUUUUUUUACAUGUAAAACAGUGUUUAGAAAAAUUUUCAUAACAUUCUUAAAUACUACCUGCAAAUGA